ACUUAAAUCGUUCGCGGACCGUUAGUUUCUCUCUCAGUUUUCUUUUUUUUUUUUUUGUCUAAAAUAUCCUCUUCCUCUUCAUUUUCGCAAACACGUUAUAUGCAUUUCUUUCUGGUUUUUUUCUCUCCAAGAAACCACGCCAGAGAAAAUAAUUGGACAAUGGAGUCCUCGAAAUCUCUCUCUUUCUUACUCCUUCUUUUGAUUCUCUCUCCUUUCUCUUCCGCGACGUUCAUGGAUGGCAUGGGACUUGCCAGGUCCAGCUUCCCUUCCAUACAAGCAAAGAGGCUUAUCAAGGACCUCAAUUUGUUCCCCGAACACGAUGUCAAUGUUAUUGAUUCCGCUGAUUCAAUCGCUUCGUCGGCUAACGAGUCGAAGAAGAUCGUGGAGAAGCGGUUCAAGAUGCCCAACCUUGUUGAGUCUGGAGGAGUGUCUGUGGAAGACCUCGGUCACCACGCCGGUUACUACAAGAUUGAGCAUUCUAACGCGGCCAGGAUGUUCUACCUUUUCUUUGAAUCACGAAACAGCAAGAAGGACCCUGUUGUAAUCUGGUUGACUGGAGGUCCAGGGUGCAGCAGUGAAUUGGCUGUAUUUUACGAAAAUGGUCCUUUCUCUAUUGCAAAUAACUUGUCUCUUGUGUGGAAUGACUAUGGUUGGGAUAAGGUGUCGAAUCUUCUGUAUGUUGACCAACCUACUGGAACUGGAUUUAGUUAUAGUACUGAUAGACGUGAUAUCCGUCACAAUGAAGAAGGUGUUAGUAAUGACCUCUAUGACUUCUUACAGGCCUUCUUUGCUGAACAUCCCCAGUUAGCAAAGAAUGACUUCUACAUAACUGGAGAGUCAUAUGCCGGGCACUACAUACCUGCUUUUGCUGCUCGAGUCCAUCGAGGAAAUAAAGCUAAAGAAGGAAUCCAUAUAAAUUUAAAGGGAUUUGCCAUUGGCAAUGGGCUUACUGAUCCUGCAAUUCAGUAUAAAGCAUACACAGAUUUUGCAUUGGAUAUGGGUAUUUUAACAAAGUCGGAAUAUAGUCGCAUCAACAAGGUGGUUCCUGUUUGUGAAACAGCAAUAAAGCUUUGUGGAACUGAUGGUACAGUCUCUUGCAUGGCUGCAUACUUUGUUUGCAAUAUUAUAUUCAACAGCAUCAUGUCACAUGCUGGAGAUAUAAAUUACUAUGACAUUAGAAAAAAAUGUGAGGGAAGCCUUUGCUAUGACUUCUCAAACAUGGAGAAAUUCUUGAACAAGAAAUCCGUUAGGGAUGCUCUUGGAGUUGGGGACAUAGAUUUUGUGUCUUGUAGUACUUCGGUGUAUGAGGCCAUGCUGGUGGACUGGAUGAGGAAUCUUGAAGUGGGCAUCCCUGGCCUUCUUGAAGAUGGAAUCAAGUUACUUGUAUAUGCUGGAGAAUAUGAUCUAAUCUGCAAUUGGCUCGGGAAUUCAAGAUGGGUUCAUGCCAUGGAAUGGUCUGGUCAAAAACAGUUUGUAGCUUCUCCUGAAGUUCCUUUCUUGGUUGAUGGUUCAGAGGCAGGAGUACUGAAGAGCUACGGGCCUCUCAGUUUCCUCAAGGUUCAAGAUGCGGGUCACAUGGUCCCGAUGGAUCAGCCCAAGGCUGCAUUAGAGAUGUUGAAGAGGUGGACACAGAGCUCACUUUCUGAAGGCACAAAUGAUGCAGCAAUGUUGGUUGCUGAGAUGUGAUCUCUGCCUCUCUUGACUUCAUAUACUUGGAGUUUGGCUUUUAUGGGUGGCUGAUUUAUGGAUUUUAUGGUUUCAUAAAGCUCGUGUAAAUAUGAUUCCCCAGGUGGCGGAGGCCCCUGUGGGGAGUAAAAUAGCUUCUAGACAAUCUUUUGUGGGUUUUGAAGAUGGGUUAUAAUACUUUUUACAAAUGAACUAAAGAGUUUUUCUGAAAGCCCAUAUUUGUAUA